AUGGAAUUGUCCGCUGCUCGCCAAACAGAGCACUUUACGAAGUUCUCGGAUACUUUAAAGGAAUAUAGAAUUGAACAGAAUAAUGGGCAAAAUCCCAUUGACCCGUUCAACAUCAUAAGAGAAUUUCGCUCAGCCGCUGGUCAGCUUGCAUUGGAUUUAGCUAAUUCUACAGACGAACGAAAUCUCAUAUCUUCUAAAGAUUGGGAAUUGGAAGCUAGAUUUUGGCAUUUAGUAGAACUGUUAUUGGUUUUUCGGAAUGCUGAUCUUAAUCUAGAAGAAAUGGACCUUCAUCCUUAUAAUUCAAGGGGUUUAUUCGAAAAGAAGUUAAUGCAAGAAAAUAAACAACUUUACCAGAUAUGGAUAGUGAUGGUUUGGCUCAAAGAAAAUACAUAUGUAAAGGAAAGACCUGAAAAUAUACCAACUUCUAAAUGGUCAAAUAGUAUUACUUCUGGAGGAUUGAAGAGCUGUGACUUGGAUUUACCUUUACGUGACAAUAGCAAUGUCCUUGAUGUUAAAGAUAAAGAAGAAGAUCAUAUCUUUUUUAAAUACAUCUACGAACUAAUUUUGGCAGGUGCAGUUGAUGACGCAUUAGAGGAAGCCAAACUGUCUGACAACAUUACAAUUUGUAUGAUUCUGUGUGGGAUCCAAGAGUAUUUGAAUCCUAGCAUUGAUACGCAGAUUGCAAACGAAUUCAGUACUCAGCAAGGUAUCAAGAAGCAUUCUUUGUGGAGAAGAACUGUUUACAGUCUUUCGCAACAGCCGGGCUUGGAUCCUUAUGAAAGGGCGAUAUACAGCUACUUGAGUGGUGAUGUUCCCAACCAAGAAGUUCUGCAAUAUUCAGAUUGGGAAUCUGAUCUUCAUUUACACCUAAAUCAAAUUUUACAAAUUGAAAUUGAAAAUUAUCUUUUGGAAAACAACCAAAUAGGUACUGAUGAAUUGAUUUUACCAUUACCUUCUCACUCACUCACCGUACAAGAAGUGCUUAAUAGAGUGGCUUCAAGACAUCCCUCGGAAAGUGAACACCCGAUUAGGGUUUUAAUGGCAUCUGUCAUACUGGAUUCUUUACCAUCAGUUAUCCAUUCGUCUGUGGAAAUGCUGCUUGACGUCGUAAAGGGGACGGAAACUAGUAACGAUAUUAUAGAUAAGCCUUAUCUUCUGAGGAUAGUUACGCAUUUAGCCAUUUUCCUUGAUAUAAUUAACCCAGGUUCUGUUGAAGAGGUUGACAAAUCUAAACUUAUUACUACAUAUGUCAGUCUCCUAAAAUUGCAAGGCCUUUAUGAAAAUAUUCCAAUAUAUGCCACUUUUCUCAAUGAAUCUGACUGCUUAGAGGCAUGUUCUUUCAUACUAUCUUCCUUGGAGGAUCCGCAAGUAAGGCAAAAGCAAAUUGAAAUAAUAAACUUUUUAAAACUACCUGCCUCUAAUAUUUUGAGAAGAACUACACAACGUGUUUUUGAAGAAACUGAGCAAGAAUAUUCACCAUCUGACGAAAUUUCCAUAUCUUUCGAUAUAAACAGCAUUGAUAUGCACUUAAUAUAUGGCGUAGAAUGGCUUCUUGAGGGAAAGCUUUAUGUGGAUGCUAUUCACUCCAUCAUCGCCCUGUCAAGAAGAUUUUUGUUAAAUGGCCGUGUAAAGGCCCUUGAACAAUUUAUGGGUAGAAAUAGUGUUGGAGAAAUAUGCAAGAAUUAUGAAUUAGAGAAAAUAACUGAGGACAUAUCUGAAGAUGAAAAUGGAGAUCAGUUUUUGAAAGAAAUUACCCAAUAUGAGCACUUGAUUCAAGGUAUAAAGCAAUAUGAAGAAUGGCAAAAAUCCGUUAGCUUAUUAAAUUCAGAAUCGAACAUUCCUACUUUAAUAGAGAAACUGCAAGGAUUUUCAAAGGAUACAUUUAAAUUAAUCCGGACAUUUUUAGUAGACUUAACUUCCUCUGAUUUUGUCGAUUCGGCAGAUUAUGAAAUCUUGUAUGAAAUCAGAGCCCUAUAUACUCCAUUUCUACUAAUGGAAUUGCAUAAAAAAUUGGUGGAAGCUGCAAAGUUGCUGAAGAUUCCAAAGUUUAUUUCAGAAGCUCUGGCAUUUACCUCAUUGGUCGCUAAUGAGAACGACAAGAUUUAUCUAUUAUUCCAAUCUAGCGGAAAAUUAAGAGAGUAUCUGGAUCUUGUUGCUCGUACAGCAACAAUUUUGAACUGA